AAGUGGUGCCUGGGGCGGGGUUUCUCUUCCUGUGCGGCGGGCCGGACCCGGCCGGGUGAGGAGGCAGGAAAUGGCGGCGGUGCUGCAGCAGCAGCUGCCGGGCCCUCCCGCUCCGCAGUGCCGGGCCCAGGCCGCCUAGAGCCGCCGCGCCAGCGCCGGGCCCGGGCCGCAGCCACGCCGGGCCGGACUCCGAGCACUUUACAUACAUGAGAGAAUUGGAAGCUAAAGCUACCAAAGAAGUUGAAAGAAAACUAAGCAGGGCUUUCCUGCCUCAUUUAUGUGGAACUGAGAGAAGGGAUUUAGUGCAAGAAGAGGAAGAACAGUUGAUGGAAGAAAGGAAAAAGAGAAAAGAAGACAAGAAGAAGAAGGAAGCUGCUCAGAAAAAGGCCAUUGAACAAAAAAUCAAAGUGCCAGAACAAACAAAGACAAGUGUAAGCCAGCCUCAGCCUGUCACCUCUAACGGCACUUCCACAGUAACCAGCACUAAUAAUAAUGCCAAGCGGGCCACAGCCAACAAUCAGCAGCAGCAGACCUUGCCUCGAUACCCUCCUCGUGAAGUACCACCACGAUUUCGACACCAGGAACAGAAACAGCUUCUGAAACGAGGUCAGCAGUUACCAGUUAUAGCUGCAAACCUGGGAUCUACUCCUAAAGUAUUAAACGGCCAAUCGGGAGGCAGUACUGUCACAAAUAAGCAGCCCGUGACCAACGGAGAAGUGCCGAACAGCAGCAAAAAACAGCCAGGCAUGCCUCCCAUUCGGGACUUGGUGAGCCACUCCCCUAACCAGUCAGAUCUGAACCACAGUGGUCUAGGAUCCCAUUAUGAAAAUUCUCACUGGGGACCAGUCUCUUCAAAUAGUGACUCCAGCACAAACUGGGAUAAAGUUAUUGUAGACGGCUCUGACAAAGAAGCAUGGCCAUCAAUCACUGGCAGUGACCCAGAGUUGACAUCAGAAUGUAUGGACACUGACUCUGCCUCUAGCUCUGGGUCAGAGAGAAACCUCGUUAUAAUGGCUUCAGGGAGCACAGGUGGUGAAAGUGAUGGCAUUCGAAAUGGCAUUGGACAUGGUUCUCAAAAUAAGUUUGUGGUUGGUAGCAACAGCAAUAAUGUGGGUAAUGGAAGUAUUAAUGGGCCGUGGGGUUUAUCCCAUGGAACCCUGAUAAGCACAUGUCAAGUUUCUGUGGAUGCUCCUGACAGCAAAUCUGAAAGUAGCAACAAUAGAAUGAAUGCUUGGGGCACCAUAAACUCUUCAUCAAAUGGAGGGUUAAAUCCAAGCACUUUGAAUUCAAAUGGCAACCAUGGUGCCUGGCCUGUAUUGGAGAACAAUGGACAUGCCCUGAAAGGGUCUGUAGGGAGUGGUAAUUCUGGCACAAAUAUUCAGUGCAGUACCAUAGGUCAGAUAUCUAAUAAUCAGAGUAUUAACUCUAAAGUGGGUGGUUCAGCCCAUGGUUCCUGGGGAAGCCUUCAGGAAAAUUGUGAUUCUGAAGUAAAUGGUACAAGGAAGGUUUCAUUCAGUGGGCAACCUCAAAACCUUAACACUGAAAUGAAUGGACCAAAUAACACUACUAACUUUAUGACCUCUAGUUUACCAAACUCUGCUGGUUCAGUGCAGAUUAACGAACUGCCUAAUAAUACAGGGCAUGGGGCCUGGCGUGUGAGCACAAUGAAUCAUUCUCAGAUUCAGGCCUCUCCAGUUACGAAUGGCACUUCCAUUUCUCAUCUUAGCAAUGGUGAGGUGAAAAGUGGUGGAUCUUACGGUACUACAUGGGGUGCCUAUGGUUCUAAUUACUCUGGAGACAAAUGUUCAGGCCCAAACAGCCAAGCUAAUGGUGACACUGUGAAUGCAACUCUAAUGCAGCCAGGCAUUAGUGGGCCUGGCAGCACUAACUUUCAAAUCAAUGGGAAUAAAGGAGGAGGGGUAUGGGAGGCAGGGACAGUCAACUCCCAGAAUAUGCCAUGGGGAAGUGGAAAUGGUGCAAGUGCUGGCGGAAGUAGAAGAGGAUGGGGCAACCCUGCACAAAACACUGGCACUAACAUUUCAAAUGGGGAAUGGAGUAAACUGCCUAGUAAUCAGCAUUCCAAUGAAAGUGUAAAUGGAAAUAGUAGGAAGUUUACAAACGGAUGGAAAUCUACUGAAGAGGAUGACCUUAACAGCCAGAGUUCUGCUGCAUCUCAGAUAACUGAGCAGAACAGCGCAUGGGCCAAAACAGGUACGGGGGACAGUGAAGGUAGUACGGAGAGCACUGGAUGCCAUGAAGAUAGAGCAACUACGGAAGGACAGACUCGAGAGAGAAGAAAAGUUGACCAGCAUGCAUUACUCCAAAGUAUAGUGAACAGAACUGACUUAGAUCCACGUGUCCUUUCCAACUCUGGUUGGGGACAGACUCCAAUCAAACAGAACACUGCCUGGGAUACCGAAACAUCACCAAGAGGUGAAAGAAAAACUGACAAUGGGACAGAGGCCUGGGGAGGCUCUGUGACACAGACUUCCAGCUCAGG